CUAUUCAAUUUAUUCGCAUUUAUAGGGACUCUCAUCGUUGUGGUUUUUGGAGGUCUUCUUGAAGAACAUCGGACCACAUCGUCCUCAGAUUUUAAUUUUUGAUGGCCACGAUUCGCACCACCACAUCGAGCUUAUUGAAUCGGCUCGUGAAAACAAUAUAGUUUUGAUGGAGAUGCCGUCACACUGUUCUCACUGGCUCCAACCCUUAGACAGAACUGUAUUUGGGCCUUUCAAAAAAUCUUGGAAAGAGACCACCACCUCAUUCCUGGCUCAGACAGCAUGCCCUGUCACCCAUGCCAACUUUUUUCGGCUUGUAACGAAAGCCUGGAAUCAGCUUAAACCAGAAUACUUGGUGAACGGUUUUCGGGCAACCGGGAUUUACCCCUGUGAUGGAACCGUUAUCCCUAAAGAGGCAUUUCUUCCAUCAUCAGUGUAUGCAGAUGAAAUGGAGAACCAGACACCCAAGCCAUGCACACCCGAGCCAUGCACUCCCAAGCCAUGUACACCUGAGCCAUGCACUCAUACAGAGCCAUUCAGUGACGUACGCGUGUCCGACAACACCGUGUCGUUAACGUUACAGGAACUGCCACAGCUGCAUUAUGAUGAAAGGACAGAGGGUACCCUUGUCGAUUUGGGGAUCUCCAUAACAGACAGUGGGGUAGUGGUGUCAUCAGUGCCAUUAGACGGCAGUCUCGACAGGGACAUGGCAGAUAUUGCGGACAAUAUCGGGGCGUCACCACCGGAUCCCUUGCUAAACGCGUCCUCAUCCGACACGUGUCCCCCGGAGCUGGCAUUAGCUGCCAUUGAAUGCAGUAUAAGUCAGGCAAAAAAAGCCCAGUAUGAAAAAGCUCUCUCUGCUGGUAUUGAUGUGGCUGGUGACCGUACGUUCCAGGCUUGGAAGACGUAUAAAGUUAAAAUGUGUCCACAGAUCACACAGUCUUCAGAUUCGUGGCUCCUGGAGGUGCCAUCUGUACCGCUACAUAAGAAACCAACAACCACAACAAAAGGCGGUUACUUUGUAAUAUCAUGCGACAAGGCAUUUGAAGAGAAAAAAAUCGCGGAAAACAACAAGUUGAUAAAACUAGAGGAAAAAAAAGCGCGCGCUGCCAAACGGCUUGCGGCAAAGAAAUCGACAACAGCAAAAUAAAUUAUGAAAUUGGAACCGGAUUAAAUAUG